CGCGAGGGACACCCUCUCGCCAGCUGAUUACGAACUCGGGGCAUCGCGCCGCCCGAUUAGUCAAUUAGCACUCGAUUCUUUUACGAUCAACGGUAUCGUAAUGUAAUUUCUAAAUAUUCAAUAAUUUCCCAACAGAAUAUUAAAAUAGCCAGCUGACGUACUACCAAGUGUUCAAUAAUUUCAGUGUAAUUAACAACUUCAAUGUCUAACAGUAAUUUUGAAUCACUAAUAGACUUGAUUGCCACUAUUUUAUUCGUCGUGUCUGUAACUCUUACAUAAAUAAUUAAUUAAGACAGAAAAUACACAAGAAAUGAAAACAACUUCUGUUAAAACUUAUUCAUUUUCUCCAAAAUCUAUUAUCGAUGUUUGAAAUUGUCAUUACUUCUUUUGUUUCAGAGGAACAACAAAAAUGAUACGAAAACAAGCCUCCGAAACGACGAUCUGUAUCUUUUUUCCAUGCGAAUCUCGAGCGUAGCGAAACGGAUCGUCGGCGAAGCCUCGGACUACGAAGUUCGGGAGAAAUCCCGUUGCCACAGGGAGGAACCGCCGGUGAUCGAUUCCUCCGUGGGUCGAGAGGGGUUGCUAUCGUCGAUUAAGCACCCUCAAAAGGAACGCGACCGGCGAUUGGUUAGCCGCUGCCACUCCCAUAGGCGGUGCCUGCCGACAUAUGGUGGCAACCACCGGUAUAACUUGCACUUCUAUCGGGCACAACGUGCCCGGAGUCCAGCUAGGGUUCCACCGUGGUAGAGCUGCCUCAGUUCACGCAGCGACGUCGUACCGCACGCAUCGAACGUCACGCACCUGUUCGCCACUACGAACCGAACAAAACUCAUCGCAGAACGCUCGCGAGAAUCUUUAGUAACUAAUUCAUUUCUCGCCAACAAAGAAAGAAAGAGAGAAAGAGAGAGAGGGAGAGCACUGUUAAAAAUCGGAACGGCCUGAGAAAGUGCAAUAUGAAUCUGCGAGCAUUCGCAAAUCUGUCAAAUGUCAAAAUAAUAGAACCUAAGAAAACUGAUUUUCCAUGAUACCAUCGCGACGACGAUCGAGAUGUUCGGAGAUUUCGAUUCUCGGAGAUAUCAGAAGACUGUCCCUGAGUGAAGUGCGGUCGCCUCGUGUACCAUCGGUUAUCCGAAGUGGCGCGGUUUCCCGCAGUUGUGACAAAUCGUCAUCGAGAGGACACGAAUAGUGAUCAUCUGUCGUGGCUGAUCGACAAAGCACCGAGACAUUAAUCACGAAACAGCGUCGACUAUGGUAGUUCUGAGUCGCGUGGGGUCGCCGACGAUGUCAGCGACUGUCGCCGGCAACCAGCAGCAACAUCAUCCUCAUCAGGAGUGGGACAUAAACGAUUCGAACGUGCCGAGGGUAGUGGAAUACGAUCCCUGGUGCGAAUGGGCGGACGGGCACGUGAGGCGAGUCUACGGGCCGGACUGCGAGGAGGCGAGGAGGCAUGCCUCCGGCUGGGCGAUGAGGAACACGAACAAUCACAACGUGAGCAUUUUGAAGAAGAGUUGCCUGGGCGUUCUGGUGUGCUCGCAGGAGUGCAUACUGCCCGGCGGCGGUAGGGUUCACCUCCGACCGGCGAUCUGCGAUAAGGCGAGGAAGAAGCAACAGGGCAAACCGUGCCCCAACCGGCAGUGCACCGGCCGCCUGGAGAUACUGUCGUGCCGCGGCCACUGCGGUUAUCCCGUGACGCACUUUUGGCGGCACACGGAGCACGCUAUCUUCUUCCAGGCCAAGGGCCAGCACGAUCAUCCGCGACCGGAAGCGAAAUCCACAUCGGAGGCACGAAGAAGCGUGGGCGCCGGUAGGAGGGUUAGAGGGCUGGCGGUACUUCUGGCGAGAGAGGCUGCCCUAGGCUCCAAGUUAAUGUCACUGAGAGGAACCAAAAGAUCAACCACGGACACACUUGAACAACCGUCGAGAACGACGCAGCCACCGCCACUGAUAUCUGAUAAAGGUUACUCAUGCUCGUGCCCGCCCUUCGAGUGCAUGUGCUCGCUGCAAACGAACGUAUCGUCGUAUCCACAGUCUCAUCAUCAUCAAACAACGAUAUAUCCCCAACAGCUGCCACCCACCGACGGGCCUUACUGGCUGCAGGACGUUCCAUCGCAGGAGAAUCCUGUUGGUUACUGUUUACCAAACCAGACUCCGCAGGAAGCAUCCUACGGCGAUUUUCCACCUUUCACAGGUGAUCUCUUCCAACCGGAGGAGAUCUUUCAACUGGACCAACCCUUGAGGCCGGAUUUCACGACGAAUCCCCAAGACGUGGCUCGCUCGCCACCAACUUUACUCGAUCUCGGCAGCGGCACCAUUAAGUACGAGAUGAAACAGCAGAAUCAAGAUCAGGGUUACUGGAACCAGUUUCUUAGCGAAGACUCUAGCAGCAGCCAUCUGAGUCUGCCUCAGGACGAGAGGCUCCAUUUCGUCAACUUUGAACCCGAGAAGGUCACUAAUGGCUUCCCUUCCAGAAGGGCGAUGCACCAUUAUGUUCAAGAGAAGAAUCAGAAUCAACCUGCAAAUGACGUUCUGAGUUACCAGAAUUAUCCUCGAUCGCAGAGUCAGAAAGGCUUUAUCGAGGGAAACACGAAGGGUGAACACGAACAAUCUUAUUGGCCCCAGAAUCAACAAGACAACAGAUUACACUUGGAAAGUUUUGAAGUCAAGGAGGAGGAUCUUUUAUCUUCGCGUAGAGAAGUCGAGUGUUACAAGAACAGUUGUCAAUCGCCGAUGAUGAACAGAACGGAGUACAGUCUCUACCAGAGGCCGAAGAGCGAUGAACUACAAGAACAGACGGUGCGACGCAAUUGCAGUCCCGAGGGUAACAAACCAUAUCCUUUUGACGGCUACCACCAAAUGUUUGAGCACGGUGACGCUAAGAAUCAGCCGCACAAUCGCGUCGUUCAUCAAAAUUCGGUGACUCGGACAAACCUGGACGAGAGACUUCAGAACUGUUACGCAAGUCAGGAGACACCGGAAACUGCGGAGAGACUGUUCCACAACGCUUCCGGCGUGACAGAGACGUCAGUUCAAUCCCGGAACAGUCCCGAGUCCUUCUUCUAUCCCGGCAAUGAACGUUGCCCUUAUACCUGUGAGAUCCUCGAGCGGGUGCCGCAGAUGAUGAGCGCUGGACCGGCACACGGGACCGUCAAUAACUACGGCGAUUCAGCCACUGCCGACCUGGAUCUGCCGCCCUUUGUAGAUUACACACUAGUCGGAAUGCUGUGCAGCUCCACGGACGAGGAGACGUCGAGCCUACUGCCAGGCUGUCCUCAGGACUCGCACAACAACUACAUUCCUCAUCAUUAAAGAACGUUUUCGUCGCCGCUCUACUCAUUUGUAUUAUAUAAAUAAAUAUAAGAUAGUGUUGCACCUUCUCUCCAAACCGAUAUAGACCCACUCAUUUACUUGUAAUUAAUUUAUUGAGUUGAUGCAAAAGGUUGGUCGUUUUCUCAUCGAGAUUUGGAUAUUGAUGCUUUGUAUUGAAUCAGAAACUCAAAGAUUUUUUGAAAAAAGGAUUGGGAAGAAAGGAACACGUUGAAACCAGUUUAAUACAGAAGUAUUUCUGUAUUUUCGUCGGUUUUCUUCGGUUAGACGUGAUACAAGUUUAGAUCGUAGUGGGAGGGAUCAAGAAGCAGAGCCGAGUGUAGCUUGGAAAAAGGUCACAAGAUUUAUUUGCAACUGAUUUAUUCGUAACAGAUACUCUCACGAUCACAAUUGUUAUGUAUGUAUGCAAUAUUACUAUUAUUAUUAUUAUAUUAUGCCUAUGCAUUACACUUUCUCGGUUACACAUGCGCGAUAUCUUCCUUACUUAUUAUCUCUUACAAGAGAGUUUUCACGAAAGUGUUCGCGCGUGGUGAAUGUAACAGGACACACGGAACGGAUGCGAGACACGUCCGCGCGAUCGCAGGCUGGCCAGGACGAGAGUCCUACAAAGUGAUGCAGCGUCAGAAAAGAAGGAUGCUACCGAGGGGAAAGAGAGAUGGAAAGGAAAGUCACGCCGAUGGGAUUUCAAUGGAUUCCCUUCGGCAUUGAGAGCGACAGAGACAGGAAAUGUUACUCUCACAUUUGAAAUCAUAUAAAUUGCACCAUGCGCACAAUUUCGGGAUUAAUACAUAUAAUCCUUAAACUCAAUCAAAAUGAUUGUAUCGUUGCCUCGAUCGGCGGUCGAUCUUGCACCGUUGUUUUUAAUUCUUUUGACAAUUCUUCUCUUUACAAAAGAAAAAGUACUUUCACUGAGUGCAACGUACACACAUUUUUUAUUCUUAUAUUUACAAUUUAAUCUAAUUCAAUGCGAAAUUAUACUAAUUAUUUGAAAAUCAAGAAAAUUAAAGGAUUCCGCAUAUCAAUCUCGAGUCAUUCAUCUUUAUAAUUUACUGCCCAAUCAAUCGUUUAAUUGUCUAAUUGUACAUUAUGGUCUAACUUUAUUUCCAAAACAUCUAAUUUACAAAUUUACGAAACCUUAGUGAAAUACAAAUCGAAACUAUCGCUACAUUUUUAGGCACAUAAGAAAAGUAAACUCUCGCAAAAGUUAUAAUUAUUAUAAUCCUAAACGCCUCUUACGUAUUCCUUUUAAAAAUUCGAUUAAUAACUGAGCGAAGCUCAGACACAAUUGCGCACAGAUCCUCAUCGAGAAAAAUAUUUGAAGCAACAACAUAGUUCGUUAGAGUAUCUUUUAAAGACGAGAAAUGAAGUUAGAUUAGGAGACUUUGAAGUACUGCCACGCUUUCUGUGCCACAUGGUGCGAAAAAUUAUUUCGAAGAUGCGCAAACAUACAGAGCUUCGAGUUUUUCAGCGGAAACAUAAGCAGCAACGUCGAAGGACCGCUUUUCGACUUCGUAGUUUAAUGUUUCCUUGCCAAUCCUCGAACUACAUAUUCGGUGUAAAUCGCAUGCGGACACAUCUAUCUACACAUGUUUAUAGCAAUAGACUACUUUUCGUUCAGAGAGUUCUGAGUACCCUUUCGAAGAAUCCCUCUUUCCCAUCCUUUUUAAAUCUUUAUUUAAAUUAAUUUGAAAGUCACACACAAUCUUAGAUGAUGAUAAUGACUUAGAAUUUUUGUAGGAGGAGAGGGGGGACAGGAUUGCAGAUUGCAUUUCUACAAGCGCAUCUCCUUCUCUUUUUCUUUUCUGCAAGGAUCGACAAAAUGUUACCUAUUUCUAAGUGUAUAACAAUAAAAUCAGAAUCACUCGCGUAUUUUUAAUAGCCACGUCGCGUUGGUGUUGCAAAUUUAUAAAUAUAUCUAAAAAAGAGAGCGAUCGUACAAGUGUGAGAUUAAGUGAUUUAUCGAAAAAUAUUCAGUUCGAAGCAAUGCAUUAUUUAGUCUCGCGUGCCUGGAGGAUUUCGGUGCAUCGAGCUUCCCUGGCGCUAUCGAACCUACGAAAAAGUUUGGUCUAGUAGGAACCGUAGGUGCACAUGAACGUGGAAACCGCAUACGGAGAUCGAAUCUGCGAUUCGAAUCGAAUGACCUUUUCAUCGUUAUGAACGGCAAUAAAACGCGUUGCUAUCAGCAUUUCUUUACAAAACGGUUGCGUUAGUUCGAUGUAUGCAAGUCUCUUCUCUCCGUAUGCUUUUCCGUGAGACGAAUAAUGACGACAAUGUCGGGGGACAAGGAGCAAUGUUUCUGAGAGAGGAGGGAAGCUUAAUGUCUCUCCGGCCGUCCUCGGAGAAUCCGUGUUAAGGUUCUCUAUCGUCUUGCGCGCGAGUGUGUUUGCGGUGUAUACGUGCAUUUUCAAAUCGAGAAGACAAAAAUUAGUAAUUACAAGUUACAACUUCUUCGCGGUACGCCAAAGGCGAAUGUGUCGUUUCCUCGAGUUCCGAGGCAGCUUAAUAUCCUACCGAACGAUUUAUCUUACGUAUCAGCAUAUUUUGCAAACCGCCUUUUAUCAGGCGCUCCGUGUUUGCACCAAUUUUUCGAAACAGUUCGCGCACAAACAACGAUCGCUCGUCGAUGAUUGAGGACUUGUUUUACUUUUUUUUUCUUUUCACAAUUUUUUUCUUUUACAAAAGGAAUAGAAAUUCCAGUCAUACUUGUGAUUGCGUCCUCGAUCGAGGGAGGAACGGAUCGUCGCUUGAUGCUGCGAGGAAUUAAGUUUAAUUAAUUAAGUAGAAGUGACUAAGUAGAAGUGAAGCUAACAAUCACAGCUAUUGUACUGUACUACGAGUGUUUACGUAUCGUGGAAAACGAUAGUGGUAAAUGUUUAAUGAUAUAAGCUAAUGCAACUGAUGGAGUUUACGAAUAGUCCAUCGCGAGAAACUCUUUUUUUGUGUGGCGAUGAGCAUACUCGCGUGGAUACUAGUCAAAUGAUAGAAAAAGAUAUAUACGUACACAUACACACACAUUCAUAUACAUAAAUAU